AACACAUUGAAUGUUAUCGGCAAUUUAUUAUAAAUACCGAAAUUUGGUAGACCUGUAGUAUUGUUUGUCUGUCAAAAAUGGCUGACAAGAAGAAAGGAAAGAAGAGGAAGGAGGAAAUAACUGAGGAACUUGAGAAACCUCAGAAAGAAGAAUACACUAUAGCCAAGUGGUUGAAGAAAAAUGUCCCAACAAAAAAGACAAAGUUUUUGAAUCACAAUGUUGAAUAUUUUACAGCUGCGAAAGCAGUGGACGCCUUCAUGGCGUCUCCGUGGGCCACGGAGAAGGAAGGCGUGGAGCCGUACUUCGCCACGCGGCUGGAUGUCGUGAGGUACCUGGACAAGAUGUUGAGGCAUAAAUUUUUCCAUCGUGCCAAAAAAGUCCCAGUGUCUGAACAAGAGCUGAAGGCAAAACUCAAGAAGAAAGAGAAGGACAAGAAGAGUGAGGGAGGGGAGAAGCGAAGCAAGCGACCUGAAGAGGAGAAAGAUGACGCAGAGAGCAGCCACGCAGAAGGGGACAAGAAAGAUGACAAACAAGGUGGAAGUGUGGAGGACAAAGAAAAGAAGAAGCGCAAGAUUCGACUAGAAAUGCAUUUAGAACAAGCUUUUGUUGAUGGUCUGGAUGCAUAUGUCUGGAUCUACGAUCCCAUCCCAGUGUAUUACUGGUUUUUCGGAACGUUAAUGGUGCUUGGUGCAAUAGCUAUCUGCCUGUUUCCGUUGUGGCCGCAGUCUGUCAGGAAGGGAGUGUAUUAUUUGAGUGUCGCAUGUGCUGGCUUCCUUGUCUUCAUAAUUGGACUGGCCAUCUUGCGAGUUGUGAUAUUCUGCAUCCUGUGGGUUCUUACGAUGGGGAAACAUCAUUUGUGGCUGUUCCCGAACCUCACAGAGGAUGUUGGUUUCUUAGCAUCGUUUUGGCCUUUAUAUCAGUAUGAAUACAAAGGACCUGCGGGCCAAGAUGCCAAGUCAAAAAAGAAAAAGAAGAAGAAGGAUAAGGAUUCAGAUAAUGAAGACCAAGAUGUCAGAGAUGAAGAAACUCGAGAUGAAGAAACCAGAGAUCAGGAACACCAAGAUCUUGAACCUCUUCAAGAACCAGAAAUCCUUAAAGAAGAAAUUGAGAAGUCUGAAGCUAUCAGGCCUUCAGCAGAGGAAGUUAAAGAUGAGAGACGGAAGAAGGGAACCGAAAAUUCAGAAAGUGAAUCAGAAAGCAGCCAAAACUCACAAACCGGAAAGGACUUUGAAAUUGUUGAUAGAGAAGAGGUUGAAUCGUAACGCACAUUUCAGAUGCCAUCAAGAGGGAAGAUCAUACAUUUUAAUGCAGAACGUAUUAUUGAUGUUCGAAAAUUGUAUGUGGUAAGGUCUUUUUAUGGUCACGGUGGUCAUAAGGACGAGGUGUCUAUAUUUCAAACACUGGUUCAUUUGUUUCCUCCUUCAGUGUGCUGGUUUCUGUGGACACCUUUAAGGGGACUUAUGUUACAGAUUGCAUUUGGGUGCAUUUUUAGUGCAGUUUACCAUGCUGUGUUUAUCAUCAUAAUUUGAAUCAAGUUUUUGGUUUUGAUUUUUUUUAAAUUUUUAUUUCGUGUAAACAUACACUACACCAUACUCCGAUAAUCAUGUGGAAGAAAAUGAAUUUUACUUGGAAAAACCUACUGAAGUUGUUCAGGGAGCAAACCACUUUAUUUUUUUGUUUUUAAGUAACCACAAAGAUUUAUCUUUAAUAUUUAGGGAGUUUUAAGUCCAUACCAUAUCAAUGUCAUUUUAAUUAUGUAUUUUUGAAGCUUUGUGUUCAUACCUAAUGUGCCAUUGCCAUUAGCAGAAUUACUUACAAGUCUUGGUAACACCCUUCCCCUCUGUUUUUGUCGAAGGUGGAUCAAAACUCAGAGCAUUAUCAUACUGAAGUAAAAAAAACUGUUGACAUGUUGUUGGUAGUGAUAUUAUGUAGUUACUCUUAACUUGAAUCUGCGGUGUGUGUGUGUGAGCGGGUUGAUCUGUUAUCGCUGCAGUCUUGGUAGGUUGUAAGAAAAACAGAUUUUUACAGUCAAAAUGGAAUUUUUUUUGUAUAAAUAUUUUUUAUUCCCUAGAGAGGAUUGGGAUAAAACUUCCUGAAUAGAAGUGUCCACCCAUUCCUUUUCCUUUUGUCUGGUUUGUUAGGUGCUGUCAAAAAUCUAGACACUAUUGAAUUUUUAAAUUUAAAUAAUGGACAAUGAUAUUAACUCUUGGUAGAGUUUGUGAUGUUAGUGAAUUCUACUAAACACGUCAAUUUUUUUUUUUUUUUUUUUUUUUUUUGCUAUUAGUCGGAAUAUUUUCAUCAAAUAAAAUAGAAUAAUAUAGCGCAGCAUCAAGAUCUUAGUGCCACAAAGUUGGCAUUGUUUCACCAGUCAAACACAUGGCAGAAAAAUGUUUUGUCACCUGAUGGUAAAAUAGGUAAUUUAACUAUUUAUUUAUAAUAAUUAUUGUAAUGGAGCAUUGCUGCUAGGUCAGGUAUUUAUCGCAGGUUCGCCUUUGUUUAUAGCGUAGAGCUGUAUGGUAUUGGUCCCCAGUGUAUUUGUUUUUAAAUUGCUGCUUAUUUAGGUCAUUUUUGAAUUUGUGGUGUACUCAAAGGAAAAUAUUUGUCCAUGCUGACAUAGCCUUAAAUAUUCAACUGCAGUUUUGUAAUAAAAAUGUUUUCAAAUAAUACAGUUUUAAAUAUAAUAUUUUCUUGUGACAUUAGACUCAAUUAAAAUUUAAACGUAAAUUUAAUUUUGUUUUACUUCACUAAAUUAUGCUGUAAAAUUUUUGUUGGAAGUGUAUUUGUUCAAUUUGAUCCAAGUUUGUUAAUUUUUAGUGUAAGAUAAGCAAUAGACUAGAUUAGUAAUAGUGUAUUUUUAAAUUUUUGCUGAUUCCUUGGCUUAUGACUUGAAGGCAGCCCGAGUACCUACAGGUUUACAGGAAAACAUUUUAGCAUGUAUUCGUUGUAUACGUACACACCAAAGCCAAGAAUUUUCACAUUUAAAUAAAAGUGAAGUUAUAUAUGUUAUUAAUUAUGAAAUUAAUGGUAUUACACUCAUUAAGAACAGUGUAUACACUAAUACAUGUUUUAAUUUUAUUUUAAUUAAUUCAAGUCCUGUAUUUAAAAAAAAAAUUAAUUUAUAUUAUUGAUGAUGAACAGAAAUGUUGAAAAAAAAAAAAAGGUGGGGGGGGGGGGGAGAAGGUAGGAAUUGUUUUUGCAAAACCUUAAGAAAAAUUACUAUCAAAUUAUUGCACUGCUUAACUGAAACAACCCUACUUUGCAUUUGAUUUGAGCAUUGUUUUGUGUAUUGAAAGGCAUUGCUAUGUAUGUAAAAAAAUUUUUAUGUAUGCCACAUUACUUAUGUAUUUAUUUGGGUUCUAAUGUUGUUGGAGGACCUGGUCAGUGUUCUGCUGCGGAUCACUCUAUAGAACUUACACUGAAGCAACUGUUUCUACCCGGUCCAAGUGCAAACACUGUUCAUACAGCCCAGCAAACUGUUAAUAGCACAAAUUCUGUCAUCUUGGAAGGCAUUAAAAAAAAUUAGUUUUGAACUAUUUAGCCGAAACUUGUAACCUUAAAAUUCAGAUGUAAGAUUUUAAUCUGGACAGCAUUCAAGUGAAAAUACCCAGUGUUGUUAAAUGUUUGUGUGACAGCCAUGUAUCGGAGAUGUGUGUAGCUUAUGAGAAGUUUUUUUUUUAAGUUGUGUACUCAAUGCCCACACAAAAUUUGUAAUUGUUUUUUCUUGUAUUACAAAUAAUUUUUCAAUUAUAUAAAGACUGUAAAUAUAAAA